GCAGAAUAAUAACCUCACGCGUAUAAUUGCUCCUAAUUAGUCAAAACUCAAUAUGCAGAGUGUAGUCUCUUGGCUUAUAAAAAGGUGGGUGGAGAGUGCUAAGUUCAUGUAAAACUCACAGUUGGUACUGUAAAAGAAUACAAAUAGCAACAGAAAACCGGCCUCCUGCAACCAAGGAGCUAGCUUAGCUACCUAGGAAAAGUUACAAAGUCAAAAAAAAAAAAAAAUGCAACUCCACAAAUUAAAGCUUCAAUUAGCUAGCUACCUCAACUAAGCUAAUUUCAGCCGUCAAUUAGUUACUAAAUUAAGUCAAUGGCCGUGGCGGCGGCGGCGGAGGCGGUGGCGGCUAUGGGAGUGGAAGGAGGGGUUGUUGAUGAUUACACAAAAGAUGGAACAGUUGAUCUCAAAGGAAACCCUGUUCGUAGAUCCAAACGUGGUGGUUGGAAAGCUUGCUACUUUGUUGUUGCAUACGAGGUGUUUGAAAGAAUGGCAUACUAUGGCAUAUCAUCAAAUUUGGUUUUGUAUAUGACAAGAAAACUUCACCAAGGAACUGUGGAAUCAGCCAACAAUGUUACCAAUUGGGUUGGAACUAUUUGGAUGACUCCUAUUUUAGGCGCUUAUGUCGCGGAUGCCCACCUUGGACGUUAUUGGACUUUUCUCAUUUCUUGCGCCAUCUAUCUCUCGGGAAUGUCAGUAUUAACCCUUGCUGUUUCACUACCUGGACUGAAACCACCCUCUUGCAAUGCAGCCCAAGUUGGAGAUUGUAAAAAGGCCUCACCAUUACAACUAUCUGUGUUCUAUGGUGCUCUUUAUACUCUCGCAGUUGGGACGGGUGGGACCAAGCCAAACAUCUCAACCAUCGGGGCGGACCAAUUCGACGAUUUUGAGCCCAAAGAGAAGGCCCAAAAAAUAUCUUUCUUCAACUGGUGGAUGUUUAGCAUUUUCUUUGGGACCCUGUUUGCUAACACAAUCCUAGUCUACAUCCAAGAUAAUGUGGGUUGGGCUUUAGGAUAUGGGCUUCCUACAAUUGGGCUUGCAAUAUCAAUCUCAAUAUUUUUAACUGGAACUCCAUUUUAUAGGCAUAAAUUGCCUACUGGGAGUCCUGUCACAAGGAUGGCAAAGGUUAUUGUUGCUGCCAUUAGGAACCGAAAAGCGCCUUUUUCUAAGAAGUUGUAUGAACUUGACUCAGAUGAAUAUACCAAGCAUGGGAAGUUCAGAAUAGAGUUAACUCCCUCUUUAAGGUUCCUUAACAAAGCUGCAAUGAUCACUGAUUCACAAGACCCUUGGAAGCUAUGCACAGUUACACAAGUUGAGGAGACAAAACAGAUGUUAAGAAUGAUUCCAAUCUUGAUCGCUACAUUCGUCCCAAGUACCAUGGUAGCUCAAGUACACACCCUUUUCAUCAAGCAAGGAACCACCCUGGAUAGGAGCAUAGGCAAGUUCCACAUCCCUCCUGCAAGCCUAACCGGGUUUAUGACAAUUUCAAUGCUCGUUUUCAUUGUUUUCUACGACAAAAUCUUGGUGAAAGUGAUGAGAAAAAUGACCAAGAAUCCAAGAGGUAUCUCAUUGCUUCAAAGAAUGGGGUUUGGCCUAACCAUCCACAUAAUAAUCAUGACCAUUUCAUCUUUAAUAGAGAGGAAGAGGUUAAGUAUUGCAAAGGAACAUGGGUUGGUCGAGAGUGGUGCACAACUUCCUUUAACAAUCUUCAUCCUUCUCCCUCAGUUUAUGCUAAUGGGGGUUGCAGAUGGAAUAUUAGAGGUGGCAAAGUUGGAGUUCUUCUAUGAUCAAGCUCCUGAAGGAAUGAAGAGUCUUGGAACUGCUUACUCAACCACAACUCUUGGAAUAGGGAAUUAUAUAAGUAGCUUCCUCUUAUCAACAGUUUCACGCCUCACUGCACAAAAUGGACACCAUGGUUGGAUUUUGAACAACCUUAAUGCCUCUCAUCUUGAUUACUACUAUGCAUUGUUUGUCAUCCUUAAUGUGGUAAAUUUCUUCUUUUUCUUGCUCAUAGCUCGGUCCUAUGUUUACAAGGCCGAAAUUUCUAAUUCCAUGGAAGUACUUAGGGAUGAAUGCAUCUAUAGUAGUCCUAAGACUACAAAUCGAGCUAUUUAGUUUUCGAAGUGUUAAGUAUGCACAAGUAUCCUUAUGCUACUCUCUCCCUCUCUAUUAGUAUGGUAGAGUAACUUUUAUGGUGUAUAAAGGGAAGUGAAAACACUAACUUUUGCGGAAAAUAGAUCAUCCAUUGUUGCCUAUGGUUGAAUCAUAUAUAUACUUGCUCCGUUCUUUUUUA